AUGGAUCCUUCAUCAAUCGCAAGCAGCUCGGCUGCUCUGAAAGGGUCAUGCUACGAGCUUGUUGGCUUCACAAACAGUCUCAUUCAAGACAAGGUCCCAGAUGAGGACUCAACCUUAGCAGGCCUAGGAUGGGACCUUCACUAUUCUUCUCAGGUUCUGGACGAGAUCAACCUCAAUUGGAGAUCCCACUCGUCCAUGCUCAUGGUGCAUCCAUCAGCCAGCCUGGGCAUGUGGCCCAAUCUUCAGAACAACCUCAAUCACGCAGGUAUCACUCUUCAGGGUCUCAAGAGAGAUUUAGUUCCCAUUAUUGAGAGCGGUCGCAAAAAUAGUUUCCUCAAGGCCGGCGCGCAGGCGUGGACUAUGGGCCGACGGAUCAGGGCUAUCACGAACAAUCGGAAACGUCUCCAGGGUCAUCACAUGGCUUUCAAACUCGAGACUGCUAUUCAGACCACCAAGCAGCUCUCAUUCGUAGGGAGCGAAGAAGAAGCCGAGCGUCAAGGUAUGGCCCUGGCUAUGGAGCGCAUGGUCGAAGCCGCCAAGUCUUUUCACAGAUUUGCCGCGACUCCUCCCCCUCCUCAGCCAUCUUGGAACCAGAUAGAGGAUGCCCAUGCCUCUAUUCCUCCCCCUUCAUACGUUCAGGCGGUCAAUGCGCCACCAAACGCCGACUCUGACGAUGAAUUCGAUGACGGACCUCAACCGUCUCCUUUCAAUGUGGCGGCUCGAGAAGGCGAUCUUGCUGAACUGCAGAGACUUGUUGCGAUGGGGGCGGAUAUCUUAGCCACCGGCGAACAUGGCCAGUCACCUGCAUUCUCGGCUGCUGUUACUGGACAACUGCAUACUUUGGAAUACCUCAUCAAUCACGGAGGAGACUAUCAGUCAGGCAACGAACACGGCUUUACUCCCUUGAAUGCCGCAGCCAACCACGGCCAACCGGAUGCCCUCCUCAUGUUGUUACGAUACGGGGCAGACAUGCACGCAGCUUCGACCGACGGCCAAUCACCUAUUUACUGUGCAGCCAAGUUUGGCCAUCUCCGCUCUGUCAGAAUUCUCGUUGAACAUGGCGUUGACAAGAACUUGAUUCACAAGGACCACGAGAUCAAGAUGACUCCACUCAAUGCAGCGGCUGGCAAUGGUCAUCUUGACGUCGUGAGGUACUUGCUAGAGCAAGGUGCCGACAUGAACAUUCCCAACUCUGCCGGAUGGAUUCCAGUUGGAACAGCGGCUGACGAUGGUCACGUUGAGGUAGUACGGCUUCUUCUUCAAUAUGGGGCAAACAUUCACCAUGUCUCGCAUAAAGGCCAUACAGCCCUGCACAAUGCAUGCACCAACGGCCAUCUUGAAGUGGUCAAGCUACUUCUGAGCUAUGGAGCAAGUGUUCAUGCUCUCACGCCGAUUGGAUGCACUCCGCUGUAUCUGGCCGCUGACGCUGGCCAUGCCGAUAUCGUCCGUGUUCUCCUCGACUACGGAGCAGAUAUCUCUAGAGCUGCAGGGGAAAAUUACUGGACUCCUAUCAAUGCAGCGGCCAAUGAGAAUCAUACCGAAGUUGUCAAGCUGCUUCUUCAAAGAGGCGCAGACCCCAGAACUCCCAACAAGAAUAACUGGACGCCUCUGAACUCAGCUGCGAGCGAGGGCAACGUCGAGAUUGUCAAGGCGCUUCUUCACGCUGGAGCAGACAAGAAUCUAGCUGACAAUCGCGGUCAUUCUCCGCUCUACACGGCAGUACUCUGUGGCUUCAAAGAAACAGUCGUCUUGCUUCUAGAGUUUGGUGCGGAUCCGAAUAAGGCAAACAAGGACGGAUGGACUCCGAUACACGCUGCUGCGAAUCGCGGCUAUUCUGAGAUUGCUCGGAGUUUACUUGGAUUCGGAGCAGUCGUUGCCACCCAGAACAAGGAAAACAUGACACCUUUGCAUUCAGCCUCAUGCAACGGUCACCUGGAGAUUGUGAGGAUGCUGCUGAGGAAGGGCGCUCCCCUUGACACUCGCAGCAACGAUGGUUGGGCCGCUAUCACAUCGGCCGCCGGAAAUGGGCACACGGAAAUUGUGGAGGCCCUUCUUGACCGAAAGACGGAUAUUGAAACUCGCAAUGAUAGUGGGUGGACGCCGUUGGGUGUUGCAGCAGGUGAGGGUUAUCCUGAGACCGUCAAGAUGCUCAUCAAGCGCGGCGCCAAUAUGAGGGCCCCGAAUAGCAGCAGCUGGACGCCUCUGCAUGUGGCGGCCAAGAAGAACCGUGUAGAUGUCGUGCAGGUUCUACUCGCGCAUGGAUGCGACACAUCUGUUCAAACCAACGUUGGGUGGACUCCCUUGAGUCUUGCUGCAAACCACGGAAGCACCAAUGCCGUUCAAUAUCUACUCUCAUCUGGAGCGAACCCGAAUAUCGCGCAAGAAGAGGGGUGGACUCCCUUGCACAUGGCAGCCUACGAGAAUCACAUUGAGGCUGCGCGAGCGUUAUUGAGAGCGGGAGCAAACCAGAACCUCAAGAAUAAUAACGGAAGGACGCCGCUUGACUUGGCCAUCUCCAAGGGACAUAGAGAGAUGGAGCAGGUCUUGUUGGAGAAGGGGUUUCAGCAGAUGCGCUUCUGA